AUGGAUCUUGUUUUAGCUGAAUUGAGAUAUAAUUAUGGUGUUGUAAUCGACAAGUCAAAGAGAGGAACGGCACGAAAACUGGCAAGACUAAGGAACAUUUGUGAAGAAGUCAAGAUAGCAAUGAAUACGAAGACUACAGAUGAUGACAAUUAUGUAGCCUUUUUAAGGAAGAAUGAACACCUUACAUACGAAAUCGAUGUAUCCUACCUAACUACUGAGGUUGAGGUCAUUACACUUCCAUUUAGGGAAGUAACUGAAGCAAUUAUGAAUUGCAUGGAAUCUGCAGUACUAAAGCCUCUUCAGUACAUUACAAGGAAGCCAAGUCAAAUGCCAGGUGUACUGCCACACGUUCUAUUAGUUGGAGGUUCUUCUCAAUUGGUGGUUUUCCGUCAGUUACUAUUUAAGGAGCAAUUAAAACGAAAACGAUUUGAGAAAAUCGAUCCAAUAACCUGUGUUUCUCAAGGAGCUUAUGAAUUAGCAUGCAUUAUGAACGAUAAAAAUGCAAAAAUGAGCAUGACAGAGCCUAUUGCAAUUUCUUAUGGACUAAAAUCUGGAAAUGACCAAGUGGCAAUUAUCCUAAGCAAAGGAACGGCUAUUCCUUGUACUUCCGCAGAGAAAGUGUUUUCUAUUUACUUUGAUUAUCCUGAAAGAAUUAAUAUCAGUGUUUAUCAAUGUGAAGAUGAUGAGGGACAAGAAUUGGUUGAUAUUGAGAAAUGUACAGAGGUUGAGUCUUGGCAGUUUAUAAAUCCAGAAGACUGUAGACGACCUAGAGGACAACAAAAGUUAACACUACGUUUGAAAUUGGAAGUUGGAGGAACUCUUCAAGUGAUUUGUAAGGAUUUUGCAUUCAACAGAGUAUUACUGGACGAAAAAACUGAUUCUUACAUAAAUAUCACGCCAUAA